AUGGUCCUGCCGGACUUCGAACGCAGAGACCCCUUUAUGGCAAUGAGAUCAUGGUUAUCUCAGCUGAUGUUUCACACGGAGGCGCUCGGAUUUAUUCGCAAAAAGUGGGAAUCGACACAAGGGCAGAGAGCAGCACGUGGGGACGUUAUCAGUCUUCUUCGGGCGAUUGUAUCAGCCAUCCCCGAGUGCACCUUCACCCUGGAUGGAUUGGAUGAAUGCGAUUGGGCGAAAGGAUCCUGGUCCGGGAACAGCGAUGACUCCAUUACCAGCUUUCUUAGAGCCUUAAGACGAGCGACCGCAGGCACAUCUACGCGGAUCCUGAUCGUUAGCCGGGAUGAGCCAGAGAUUAGACGUGGCCUUUCCAACGAGAGUCCCUAUGACCCGGUGUUUGAGCAUCGGAUCAUACCUGAGGAUGUUCAAAACGAUGUCUUGACGUAUUGCAGAAGUAUUGUAGAGGAGAAAUUGUCGACAAAGACCGAUGAAGCAAAGGACGAGAUCACAAAGAAACUAGCGGAUCGCUGUAAUGGACAGUUCUUAUGGAUCAGGCUGCAGCAAGACACUCUGCGCAGCGGCAAAAGCCAGAGAAAGCUUGAGCAAGCCAUCAACUCUACUCCAUCUGGGAUCGAACACAUAUUCGAACGAAAUUGGAUGAAGAUUAUGGGACUUACAGAGGAGGACAGAACCCGCGCUAUCUCCCUCCUACGCUGGACUGCAUUUAGCCUACGUCCGCUGACAAUUAGUGAGAUAUCUGGAGCACUAGUCAUCAGCGAAGAUGAUGAUGAACUUCUACUGGAUGAUUUGCCGGACAGUAUUGACGAGUACUACGUGAAUACCGAGAUAAAAGAGCUCUGUGGGUCAUUUUUAGAAGUCAGAGACGCUCAAGAUAAGAGCGAUGUCAGAUUGAAAACGGUACAUCUGACACAUUUCUCGGUGAAGGAGUACCUGCUCCGUAAUCUUCCCAUCGAAGGCAAAGUUCUGCAGCCUAAUUCAACGUUCAGCUCAUCUACCGAGGUCAUCGAGAAUACGAUAAUUGCCAAGAAGUGCCUUCGCUUUGUGAAUAGUCAAGAAGCCUGGCUUGGGACGUCCGGAGUACAGGUCGAAGAAUUUUUAAGCACCUUUCGAAAAUAUGCGGCUGGGUCGUGGUACCGACAUGUCGAGCUGGGCAACAUGAGCGACACCGAGUUGAGGAGCUCCGUCGCUGCACUUUUUGAUCCAAAAAACCCAAACUGGCCUUUGUGGAAGGCGUGGUUUGACGCAAAUGACACGAAAGCCGUGGAGAGGAAUGCAAGAUGUGGAGUCGCAACAGCUGGCCCUUUGUACUACGCAUCCUGGCUUGGACUGACAGAUUCUGUGGCUUCUUUAAUCCACGAGCUCAAGCCUGACGUAAAUAACAGGGGCUAUGAUGAACAGACACCCCUGGGGGUAGCCAGCGAGGAGGGGAAUUUGGAGAUUGUUAGAACUCUCCUUGAGCAGGGGGCGGAUGUCACGAUGGCAGAUAUUGACGGAUGGACACCAAUAUAUACAGCGUCACACAUUGGCCACACAGAGGUGGUCAGACUGCUUAUAGAAAACGGUUCAAAUGUCAACACCUCCGAAAGCGGUGGGUGCACUCCAGUUAAUACGGCUUGUUACCAAGGGCAUGUUGAGACUGUGAAGUUACUCCUCAAGAGCGGUGCAGACAUCUAUACUGCAACCAAUAAAGGAAUAACACCUCUCUAUGCAGCCUCAGCCGGAGGACAUAUUGAGGUAGUAAAACUGCUUCUCAAGUGGGGGGCAGACAUUGAUUAUGCCAACAAAUAUGGAGACACGCCUCUAUCAGCAUCAUCAAGCAAAGGCCACCCUGCUGUAUCUAAGCUACUUGUUGAAACUGGGGCAGAUAUUGAAGCAAAGAACAAUUUCGGGCGUACACCGCUGCAUUUAGCGUCACUUGACGGCCAUAUUGAAAUAGUCAUACUACUUCUUGAACGUGAUGCCUAUGUUGAGGCAAAGGAUAUUCAUGAAUGGACACCGCUAAUGAACGCCUCAUUUGAAGGUCAUGCCGAGGUAGUCAAGGCACUCUCUGGACGGGGUGCCGAUAUUGAGGCGAAAAGUGCUAAUGGGCAUACGGCUCUAAUGUACGCCUCAACAGAGGGUCAUAUUGAGGUGACUGAUAUUGGAUUUACGCCGCUAAUGUUUGCUUCAUCCUAUGGCCAUAUUGAGGUGGUCAAGUUACUUCUCAAACACGGUGCAGAUUUUACAAAUCGUGACAUAACAGGAACCACCUCACUGCAUGUAGCCGCAUAUGAUGGCCACGUGAAGGUGGUUGAGAUAUUCCUUCAGGCAUCAAGCACCCAUGUUGAUGCCUUGAAUCGGUUGAACCGAACACCACUGUUUCAAGCUGCUGCCCGGGGCCACCUUUGUGUAGUAAAUACCCUUCUUUCGCAUAAGGCCAAUGCGAAAAUCAAAGAUCACUAUCGCUCUACACCUCUACUUAUGGCUGUCAGAAACGGGCACAAGGACGUUGUCGGACGGUUGAUCACCCUCGCAGACUCCUCCAUUCACUUUCAGAAUGGGUUAGAUCAAACUUUACUUUGGUGGGCGGCAAGAUGUGGGGACGCUGGAAUUGUUGAAUUGAUAGUUCGCUGGGCAAAAGAACAUAAUAUCGAGGCUAUUGAGAGUGAUCUCCAGGUGGAUGGCUCUCUGGUGAAGCUGGGUGAGCCUUCUAGGUACUGUGAUGUGUGCAUUCGAGAUUUGCGCGCCAACGAAGUCUACUACAAGUUUAAGACCUGCUUCGACUUUAAUAUCUGCUCAGAAUGUUUUUGA